AUGAAGGCGCUAGUUGAAGAGAUUGAUAAGAGAACAUAUAAUCCCGACAUAUAUUACACAUCGUUGGACCCUCAAGCACGUCGAUAUACCUCAAAGAAAAUUAAUAAGCACGGCACAAUAUCUACUUCUAGGCCCGUAAAGCGAAUAAAUUACUCACUGGCAGAUUUAGAGGCCAGGUUAUACACUUCCAGGCCCGAGGGUGAUGGCAAUAGUAUAGGCAGGCAGGAUGAUCGAAACAGUAAGAAUUCUCGUUCGUUUGAAGAAAGGUACACACAACAGGAGAUCCUUCAGUCGGACAGGAGGUUCAUGGAACUUAACACAGAAAAUUUUUCAGAUUUGCCAAACGUGCCGACUUUAUUGAGUGAUCUCACAGGCGUACCACGAGAUAGAAUCGAAUCCACAACCAAACCAAUCUCACAGACUUCUGAUGGUCUUUCUGCAUUGAUGGGUGGGGCACCUUUUGGAAAAGAACACUCCAAGUAUGGUCAUGGUUGGGUGCUGAAACCGGAGACUUUACGGGAGGUUCAAUUAUCGUAUAAAUCUACAAAGUUACCUAAACCAAAGAGGAAAAAUACCAAUCGUAUUGUAGCUUUGAAGAAGGUUUUAAGUUCAAAAAGGAACUUACAUUCGUUUUUAGAUUCUGCCCUGCUGAACCUGAUGGAUAAGAAUGUCAUUUACCACAACGUUUACAAUAAACGAUAUUUCAAAGUUUUACCUUUAAUUACGACAUGCUCUAUUUGCGGUGGCUACGACAGCAUUUCAAGUUGUGUUAAUUGUGGUAACAAGAUUUGUUCUGUAAGUUGCUUUAAACUGCAUAAUGAAACCAGAUGCAGGAAUAGAUAG